ACACAGGCGCAUGAGCACACUGGGCAGGCUCACCCGGGAGCCUAACACCACCAGGGGAGGGGAGGGACCGGAAGUCAGACCAUCUCUCUGGGUUGCUAAGAAACCGGCCUGUCCCAAACCAAGCCGGCGAUUCUCCAGCCUCUUUCUCUUUCUGAAUCUGCUUCGGAAUUUCCAAAAGUCGGGCGACCAUGUCGGACGGCGAUAUCUUGAGAAGCACCUUUCCCUCUUACAUGGCAGAGGGGGAGAGACUUUAUCUAUGCGGGGAGUUCACUAAGGCCAUUCAAAGCUUUACCAACGCUCUUCACCUUCAAAGUGGAGAUAAGAACUGCCUGGUGGCCCGCUCCAAGUGCUACCUGAAGAUGGGAGACUUAGAGAAGUCCUUGAACGAUGCUGAGGCCUCUCUUCAGAACGACCCGACUUUCUGCAAGGGGAUCUUACAGAAGGCCGAGACACUGUACACCAUGGGAGACUUUGAGUUUGCCUUAGUGUUCUAUCAUCGAGGCUACAAACUGAGACCUGAUCGGGAAUUCAAAGUUGGAAUUCAGAAAGCCCAGGAAGCCAUCAACAACUCGGUGGGAAGUCCUUCUUCAAUCAAGCUGGAGAACAAAGGAGACCUCUCCUUCUUAAGCAAACAAGCUGAGAGUAAGAAAGCCCAACAGAAACACCUGCCUAUAAAGCAACUCUCGUACAGCACCAAGCAUGAAAUCAAGCGGAAGGGCUCGCUCAAGAGCGAGAAGACCGUCCGGCAGCUGCUCGGGGAGCUGUACGUGGACAAGGAGUAUCUGGAGAAGCUCCUUCUGGAUGAAGAUCUCAUCAAAGGCACCAUCAAGAGUGGCCUGACCGUGGAGGACCUCAUUAUGACCGGCAUCAACUACCUGGACACCCGCAGCAACUUCUGGAGGCAGCAGAAGCCCAUCUACGCCAGGGAGCGAGACCGGAAGCUGAUGCAAGAGAAGUGGCUGAGGGACCGGAAACGCAGCCCCUCGCAGACAGCCCGCUACAUCCUCAAGAGCCUAGAGGACAUUGACAUGUUGUUGACCAGUGGCAGUGCCGAUGGGAGCCUCCAAAAGGCUGAGAAAGUCCUUAAGAAGGUUCUGGAAUGGAACCAAGACGAGGUACCCAACAAGGACGAACUGGUCGGGAACUUGUACAGCUGCAUAGGCAACGCCCAGAUUGAGCUGGGACAGAUGGUGGCUGCCUUGCAGAGCCACCGAAAGGACCUGGAGAUCGCCAAGGAACAUGACCUUCCAGAUGCAAAAUCAAGAGCCCUUGACAAUAUUGGUAGAGUUUUUGCCAGAGUUGGGAAAUUCCAGCAAGCCAUUGACACGUGGGAGGAGAAGAUCCCCCUAGCCAAAACCACGCUGGAGAAGACCUGGCUCUUCCACGAGAUUGGCCGCUGUUACUUGGAGCUGGACCAGGCGUGGCAGGCCCAGAGUUACGGUGAGAAGUCUCAGCAGUCCGCUGAGGAGGAAGGGGACCUGGAGUGGCAGCUGAACGCCAGUGUCCUGGUGGCGCAGGCCCAAGUGAAGCUGAGAGACUUCGAGUCAGCCGUGAAUAACUUUGAGAAGGCCCUGGAGAGAGCUAAGCUGGUCCACAACAACGAGGCACAGCAGGCUAUCAUCAGCAGGACAUCACUUCACAGAUGGAUUUGCAGGGAGCAUCGGAGAAGGAGCCGCUGGGAGGGCGAGAGGAGCAGGAGAGGGUGGUGAAGCAGUGGGAGAGGGAUCAGGAGAGUGAAAGAGAAGCCACAGACGACGAGCAAGACAGAAAAAGCUCAGGAGGACUCGGCAAAAAACUGUUGGGAGACGGUCACUCGUCAAACCUAGGGGUCAGGAGAGAGUCCAGGGAAAUCUACAGAAGGAACUCUGACUACUCCAACCAUCUACCCUCAGACAACAGCAGCCAAAAUGAGAGAAGAAACCAGCAGAAGCAGUCAGAGAGGAGGUUGGAGAAGACAAAAGAGGAGGAAUCUGAAGCCAGAGCUACUUAACAACGGAGAAGGGACGAAGACCAGCUCAGUAGGCACAAGGUUCAGGCAGACAGUGUUCCCAGGCGAGAUGUUUUGGAGAGGAAAAACUGGGAGACUGAAUCCUACAGACCACCUCCUGUGUGCGCACCCCCCCCCAUUUCCCCAUUAAAUAUGCGUCUUUAAUUUUUACA